AAAGGAAUACUAUAAGGUAGUUUAGCGGGGGGGUGAGGGGGAGCCAGAAAACCUCUCCACCGCGCAAGUAGAUGAUGACGUCACCGAAAAUAUCGAGAGCAGGGUUCUGCGGGUCGAGAACUGUCAGUCACUCAAACACCAGUGUGUAGAGCGAAGCUCCGUUUUCUGAUUAAAGGGGUAGCUAAGGCAGACAAAUAACAUAAAGAUGCCAACAGUUUGUAUAGUGCAGAAGUGCAAUGCCGCAAGACUGAAAGGUGAUAAAAAUAUUCAUUUCUUUUCACUACCCAAAGAAAAAGAUCUUAGAAAGAAAUUGAUUGAAUUAUGUGGCACACACAAUAAUCGGUCAUCUGGAUACGUAUGCAGCCGUCAUUUUGAAAGUAAUGCAUUUGAAAGAAACUUGAAAUAUGAGUUGUUUUGUUUGCCAGUGCCCCCAAGUCAAAUUAAGUUCAAGAAAGGAGCAGUGCCUACACUUGGACUACCCACAUUAACAACUUGUGAGCCACACCCUCCACAGGAAGAACCAGAGCAUCACAUCCAAGAUGCUUUGACUGCACACACUGCUGGAGCUUCAAGUCAACUUAUGACAUGUGAGACAGUCAUUGAGGUUCACCCUCAGCCACACCCUCCACAGGAAGAACUCCUACUAGAGCAUCACAUCCAAGAUGCUUUGACUGCACACACCGCUGGACCUUCAAGUCAACCUAAGACUCCACCUGAAGAAGUUGGUGAAGUGUAUCCAAGGCCACUCCUCCCACAGGAAGAACACCACUAUCAAGAAACAUGUACAUCACCUGAACCCAAAAAUAAGAAGAUGCUGCAGUUCAUUAAACGCAUGUCAUUCUACAACAAAGAUCUUCACAAAAGACUGACAAAAGUUACCAAAGAGAGAAAUUAUUAUCGUGAAGAAAUCAAGAAGUAUCAGGAAAUUAUUAAUAAAUUACGGAAUGAAUUGGAUAAUGUCAGAGUUGAAUGCCAGGAAAAUGUUUCAAAAGCAUUAUCUAAAACAUUUACAAAAAAUCAAACAAAGUAUUUUGUAUCAAAUAAGCACAUACUCAAGUGGGAGGAGGAAGACAUUAGCAAAGCACUUACUUUACGAUCCUUAAGCCCUAAGGCAUACCGUUUCCUUAGGAAACACUGGAACUUUCCACUGCCAUCUCCUGCCACUAUCAGUAAAUGGGUAUCAAAAGUUGUUGUGGAACCCGGAAUUUUGUGUAAUGUCAUCCAACUUUUAGCUCACUAUGCUCCAACAAUGUGUGAAUAUGAGCGAAUAUGUGUUUUAUCUUUUGAUGAGUCUGCAGUUGCUCAAGCUAUGUCAUAUUACUCUAAAAUGACAAUAUAUAUGAACCAAAACGGGUGUGCAGUGUGCAAUGCUUAG